AUGAGCACCCGCACGCCGUCCGUACAGAACUUUGCGCAGGUGAUGAUGGUCUCUUCGCCCGCGCUUCCGACCUCGGCCAAGCCCGACUCGCCCAUCGCUCAGCGCAAGAUCAACGAACAAAACCAACCCCAGCCUGCAAUGAGCAAGAUGUCAAUGCGCCAAGUCGCCGCAGAGGAGAUCCUGAGCAGCGAACAGACGUACGUCGACCAGAUCCAUCUGUGCAUUGAGAGCUACAAGAAGCCGAUCCAAGCAAGCAAACUGCUGGAAGACAAGGUGGUGCGCGAUCUCUUUUCCAACGUCGAAACGAUAUACGCUGAGCUCAAAACGAGAAUGCGACGGUGGACCUCACCAACAGAGAAAAACAGCAUCGGCGACGUCAUGACUCGAUUGAUCCCCUACCUGAAGAUCUACCAGGAGUACAUCAAUAACUACGAGAACUCAAUCAAAGUGCUGAACAAGCUUCUCGAGAAAAACUCCAAGUUUGUGCAAUUGCUCAACUGCCUGGGGUCUGGCUCAUUCUUGGGCAAGCUCGGCCUCGAUCUGUUACGAGGCGUACCGGUGCAGAGGAUCACUCGCUACGUGCUUCUGCUCAAGCAACUGCUCAAGUACACGCCUGAAGAUCACGUGGACUUUGAACAACUCAGCGAUUCCUACGAUAAGAUGUACGCACUGGCCGAAUACAUCAACGAGAAGAAGAGAGAGCAAUUGCGAGAAUCCGAUAGUUCACCUCAGAUCGCACGGGAACACAAGUGGAAGACGGAGAGCAAGAGCAAGACCUGCGACUACUGUGGGCAGAUGGCGAUGGGCUCUCAUUUGAGAGUGCACGAAGAGUGCAAAAGCAAAGCGCCAAUGUACUGCUCGGACAGAACGAAGGUGAGCCUGGUGAAGCACAAUCGCUAUUUGAUCGAGGAAGCCGAGUUCAUGCACAAGAUGACGCCCCUGGAUCACCCGGACUCGCGUGCGAAGCUAUGUGCUGCGUUGGUUUUGGUGGUCAACGACGGGCUGGUUAUUGUGCACAAGUCCGAGCACAGCGACAAGUACGCCCUGUUGGCCUUUGUGCGAUGGUUCAAGAAGUCGACCAACGAACAUGCUAUCCUUAACGAGAAUGUGACCGACACUGCCUUCUCUGUUACGGACCCUCGGUCACGCAUGGUCCACACCUUCUCCACCGAUUCCAAGGAGAAAAAGGAGCACGUCGUGGAGCUCGUCAGGUCGCUGAUGAACAAGUGGCACACGGGCAUCCUCGAGAAGCAAAGGGAAACGGAGGAGGUCAAGGAGCAGUUCAAGGGCCUCACCUUCAAGAUCCUCUUCACCGUGCCGGUGCACUCGUCCACGGAGAAGGAGUUCAUUGCCUAUGUGGUCGAACUUCGAAUGGAGAGCGGGUCGGCUACCCUCAUCAAGAGAUAUCGCCAAUUCCUAUCUCUUCACAAGAAGCUCAAAACGCUGUACAAAAACGUGCCCAAGUUCCCGGGCAAGAAGUACGUGGGCAACACGGCACCGAGAUUUGUACAGAAGCGGUGUCGGCAACUUGAAGCGUAUCUCAACAAGAUCAUCACCUUCCCUGGCGCCUUCGACGUGGAGGAAGUGCGAACUUUCCUGAUGACCACCAUAUCUUCCAAGGGCGAAGAUGAAAAGGCUCUCAUCAAGAGAGGUUGGAGCAAGGACAAGGAAAAGAUUGAGGAGAUCUCGCGCCAGCGAAGCAACACCGUGUCCACUUACCUGGAAACGGUGCGGCUCAGCACCUACACCCCCCGUGCCAGCGUCUACGGCUACGAACCACCGCGCAGCGUAGGCGAGGAGCCGAGCGGCGAGCGGACGCCGCCGGACCGGUCGAGCGUUGACGACUCCACCGCCACGGAGGACUCCUCCGAUCCGCUCACGCAGUCGAGCGGACUGGUCCGGACCACCGCCAAUCAGCCCCUGGGCGCCAUCGGCCGGUUAUCGCGAGGCGAAGGGGACAUGUCCACCAAGGAUACCGCGCUGUGGGAGCGCAUGCAGCGGUCGAGCGGGCAAGUGGCACUGGCCGAGCACAACAACAACGACAACGACAACAACGACGAAGGUGAAGAAGGCGAUACAGAGGCGACCACCAUCAAGCCCGCGGGUAAUGACAGCGACAGCGACGCCGGCCACUACGACGCCUCGGCGGACAAGCAGCGGGCCGUGGUGCUGUACGACUUUGUGGGCCAGGGCACGGAAGAGCUGGACAUCGUGGCGGGCGACGUGGUCACGGUGUGGGAGCGCAGCAACGACGAGUGGUGGUUCGGCUCCGUCAACGGUCGCGACUUUGGCUUUUUCCCGAAGAUCUACGUCCAGGUGCUGGGCCUCGACGAUCAUGGGCGACACCAGUAG